UCAUCGAGAUGUCCUUCGACUACAGCUCGGGGGAAAGAGUGAGAGCAGAUCAAACCGGAGAGCAUCAGAACAGCCACUGGACGCAGCAAUAACAGAUUAUUUCUUACAGUUGAAAGACAAACGCAGGUGAAAAUGGGCGUGUCCAGAGUUCUGCUCGGCCUUGCCUGCCUCGUUCUAUUGGCUGCUGCUGUGAUGAGUCACGAGGGGGCGUGUCUUCAGGACGGGAGACACAAAGCCACGCCCAGUCCUGAGGCCCGUCUGAAGGACUGCUCGCUCUACUCAGAGAAUUCAUGUUGUUCUGAGACAGAUGUCCAGGAUCUCUCCAGCUCCGGGGACAACUCUCUCUGGGACAAGUGUGGUCUUCUCAGCCCUCUCUGUGAGUCCUUUCUGAAGCGCGUGGUGUGUUUCUAUCGCUGCUCUCCUGACGCUGCUCGCUGGCCACACCCACAUCAUGACUCCUCCCUGAAGGCGGUGCCUCUGUGCCACAGCUUCUGCAGAGACUGGUACGAGGCCUGUAAACUGGACCUGACGUGUGCUCGAGACUGGGCCACCGACCCAAGAGGACAGAACUGCACCGGCGGCUGUGUGUCUUACCAACAGAUGUAUCAGCACGGGCGAGACCUCUGCGAGAGUCUUUGGGGAGACGCCUUUAUGACGGUUGAGGACGACCCUGGUGAAGAAGACGGUGUCGAAGGCCAUAGCUGCGGCUGUCUGACUCUCAGCCCCUCAGAUCGAGAGGUGAUCGCGGCCCUCAGGGUUCAGGAAGGAGACCCCGAAGAACUGGACACCACCAAGAGCGGCCUGCCCCAGUACAGAGCACCCUGCCCCCCUGCGCAGCCUCAGACACGCAGCGCCACAGCGCCACCUCAGGCCCGGAGGAGCAACACCGUCCUGCGCAAACGCUCCAUUCUGGCCGCCGAUAUGGAAGGCAGUGGAAGCGGCUUCUAGAACAUUUGUGUUCUAGAUCUUCUGAAUGUUUAUUAUCAACUGUUCUGUUUUAUCUUAUCCGUUGAAUUUAAAGGAAACGGAUGCAGUGCGCUUUCUACCGUAAUUCUAUUGUCUAUUUAACACAGUCGACAAAACAAUCCUGGAUAGACUCAAACUAGUUCUGUAAAUUUGAAUUUCUGCGUAUUUUGACCUGUUAAAGGUGCAUUGUGUAAUAUUUAGGAGGAUCUGUUGACAGAAAUGCAAUUUCAUAUACAUAACUAAGUUUUCAGUGGUUUAUGAAGACCUUACAUAAUGAACUGUUAUGUUUUUAUUACCUUAGAUUCAGCCAUUUCUAUACAUACACACACCGCGGGUCUGCUUACUUCGACAUGUUUCUACGGUGGCCCCGAACGGACACACGCGUUUCGUCACUAUGUUGUUCUUCAUGUAAAGAUCAACCUAAAGUCAUCGAAUGAAACACUGACAUAAUGAUAAACAAGUAACAAUAAUAUUCACAAUAACGUAUCGUUUUACUGAAUAAUUAAGUAAACCUAAUUUCUUCAUUUAUCUUUGUAAAGAAACCUCAUUGCUGAACUGGCUACUCCCUGCUGUCUCAGAUGACGACAUGACUUCCUGUCGGCCACCGUAACUUUUGUUAUGUGUAAUUCACAACCUCACCACUAGAUGCUGCUAAAUAUUACACACUGCACCUUUAAAGUCAACAUGACAAGUUGAAUUUAAGUCUGAAUCUCAUUGAAUAUUUGGUAACAUUUUACGAAUAAUGAACAAUAUGGCAUUUAUUAAUCUUAGCUAAUGUUAAUCUCAGCAUUUACUAAUGCAUUUUUAAAAUCAAAGUUGUGUCUGGUAACAUCAAGUAAUGCUCUAACCCCAACAUGGACGAAUAAUGAAUAACUAUAUUUUUAUUAGCUAACAUUAACAAAGAUUAAUAAUGCUGUUUAAAAUAUAUUGCUCAUAUUAGUUAAUGCAUUAACUACUACCAAUAAAUAAGACCUUAUAAAGUGUUUUCAAAUAUUCUUAUUCACCUGGAAAUAUCACAAAUUACAUCAGGAAUAUGGGUUGCGAAUCUUGUUUUAUGUACAAUUGAACUGUUCAGUGUGUUUUUGUAUUUGCCCACUGCAUGAAACUACAUCAUUUACAAAUAUUAUUAUGGAAUUUUUGUCUCAGUUUAGACUUUGUCUAAAUGUUGCUAUUGUCGCUUGUUUCUAUAACUGUGAUAUUUCAUGCGAUCACAACAAGUAUGGAUGUCUCAUUUCUUCUAACACCACAUUAUCAUACAUGCAUAUAGCCUAGUCUUUACAUUUCACACAGUCGUAUGUGUAAUUCAUGUCUGUGUGUUUUGAGUAAAUGACAUUAUUAGUGGAAACGCAGAUAUGAUUCAGCUGUAAUUUACUCUUACGUAUUUAUACAGACGUAUAUAAAAUGUAAUGCUGUAAAGAAAAACUGUGAGAGCACUAUAAGUUCUGUAUGACUGGUUAUAAAUGAGUGUACUAGUUGACUGUUUAACAGUGAACAUGCGGACAUGUCUGUAUGUAAACAGAUGGCCAGUGUGAGCAGUUUGAUGUUUCAGUAUUAUGUGGCUGCCUUGAGUAUGUGUUUCUCAUCUGAUCUUAUAUGUCUUUAAUUAAUAAAUUAACUAAACUUGUUCUUUAAA